UAGACUUCUUUCUUCUUUUUUUUCCCAUCUCAAGAUUUGUAUAUGUAGACUCAAAACUAAGAAGUUUCUACUUAUCAGUGGUAAAGAAGAAAAUCGAGCGCCUGACAGAUAAUAAAUUCAACUCUUCUUAAAUUCCUUGGAUGAAACCUGCUUGAUUGUAUUGUUUGUCAUGAAACAUGGCAGACUUUGUGAUCACUUGCAGAACGCAGUUGAUAGUCCUUGUUACUUUAAUUCUUUUUCUUUUUACUCUAUAUAUUUCUCCUUACAACAAUCACCAUUCCAUCAUCAAUACUAACUUCUUCAAUUCUUCAUCUUCGUCUUCCAUUUUGCAUGAACGACUAAACGGUUUGUCGUAUUUGUUACAUCAGCCGAAGAAACUUACUAGUGCCGUGAAAAUAGAAGAUGAUCUUGCAAGAGCAAGGGAUGCUAUUAGAACAGCAAUUCUGACACGUAAUUACACGUCUAACAAAGUGGAAGAUUUCAUUCCCAGAGGAACAGUUUACAGAAAUUCGUAUGCCUUCCAUCAGAGUCACAUUGAGAUGGAGAAAACAUUUAAAAUUUGGACUUACAAAGAAGGAGAAUUACCUUUGGUGCAUGAAGGACCUCUUAAUUUGCUCUAUGCCAUGGAAGGCCACUUUAUCGAAGAAAUGGAGAGCAAGAAAAACCCAUUUGCAGCUCAUGACCCUGAAGAAGCUCAUGCGUUCUUCCUUCCAUUCAGCGUAGCAAAGAUGAGAACAUACUUUUACAUGCCCUUGUAUAAUACAUAUUCUCGUGAUCCCAUUCAGCAUUUCGUUACUGAUUAUGUUCAGGUCAUAUUAGAGAGAUACCAUUAUUGGAACAGAAGCAACGGGGGUGAUCAUUUCAUGGUUUCUUGUCAUGACUGGGCACCUUGUAUAAGCGAUAAAAAUCCGAAACUCUUCAAGAACUUCAUUAGGGUUCUCUGCAAUGCUAAUUCAUCUGAAGGGUUCAAGCCUGGACGAGAUGUAUCGCUGCCAGAAUUUAAAGUCGAGGAAAGAAGUCUUUUUACAUCAACUCAAUUUCAUGCAAGUGGUACUAAUCGCUCGAUUCUCGGCUUCUUCGCUGGUGGUGGUCAUAGGUACAUAAGGAAGGUACUACUUAAGCAUUGGAAAAACAAAGACAACGAAUUACAAGUUCAUGAAUAUCUUCCUGAAGGACAAGAUUACGGUGGUUUGAUGGCUCAAAGCAAAUUUUGUUUGUGCCCGAGCGGAUAUGAAGUCGCAAGUCCUAGAAUUGUUGAGGCGAUCCAUGCCGCGUGUGUCCCCGUAAUUAUGUCAGAGCAUUAUGUUCUACCAUUUAGUGAUGUACUUGAUUGGAGCCAGUUUUCCAUACAAAUUACGGUUGAAGAAAUACCUCAGCUUAAGAGAAUAUUACAAGCUAUAACGAAUGAGGAGUAUCUUAAAUUGCGAAAGGGGGUUAUACAAGUUCAACGUCAUUUUACUCUGAAUCGUCCGGCGCAAAGGUUUGAUAUUAUCCACAUGAUACUUCAUUCCAUUUGGUUAAGACGACUAAACUUCCAUCUACCAUCCUGAAAUCAGAUUGUUCGCAAGUCACAACUUCAAAAAAAUUUAGUUAUUUUUUACCCGUGAAUACUAAACAGUGUAAAUGUGCAUAAACUGCAAGUGGACUCCAAGUCUGAUUUAUUAAUGAAGUGGUAGAUUUUGGAUUACA